AUCAGGACUGUAGCUCUUAGAUCUCCGAGGAGCUGCACACACUGCAGUAACCAAAGAGGCGCACGGAAGCAGUCUUGCGUUCCACUUUGUUUGGCUCACACUGCGCACUUCAUAAACCGCUCUGAUGUCUCUGCGCUUAUCUCGACACUCACCCUGAAGGUCCCACUGGCGAGAACAAAGUAUCCUAGAACUCCUUUAGAGAAGGCUAGUGGAAAUUUUGCACUCAUGUGGCUCUUAAUUUUACUCUCAGUGGCGUUUUCAGCCGCGCAGGUCAGGAAUGAAGACAUCCCGGAGGGCGCAUCCACCCUGGCUUUUGUUUUCGAUGUGACCGGCUCCAUGUACGACGACCUGGUCCAGGUCAUCGAGGGAGCGUCCAAGAUUUUGGAAACAUCCCUGAGCCGACCCAAGAGACCGCUUUAUAAUUUCGCUCUGGUGCCCUUUCAUGACCCAGAAAUUGGACCUGUAACAAUCACAACAGACCCAAAAAUGUUCCAGCAUGAACUUAGAGAGUUGUACGUUCAGGGAGGUGGUGACUGCCCAGAGAUGAGCAUCGGAGCCAUUAAGAUCGCUUUGGAGAUCUCUUUACCAGGAUCAUUUAUUUAUGUUUUCACGGAUGCCCGCUCUAAAGAUUACAAACUGACCCACGAAGUCCUGCAGCUCAUUCAGCAGAAACAGUCACAGGUGGUGUUUGUGUUGACAGGUGACUGUGAUGAUAGGAAUCAUAUUGGUUACAAGGUGUAUGAGGAGAUUGCUUCUACAAGUUCUGGGCAGGUUUUCCAUCUGGACAAAAAACAGGUCAAUGAGGUUCUUAAAUGGGUAGAGGACGCAGUGCAGUCCUCAAAGGUCAACCUGCUGUCCACUGAUCAUUUUAGUCAAGUCAGCAACACUUGGCAAAUGCCCUUUGACCCAAGCCUAAAAGAAGUUACGGUGGCUCUCAGCGGCCCAGCACCUGACAUCGAAAUAAAAAACCCCCAGGGUAAGAUCUUGGGGAAGGAUGACAGCCUGACUGAGCUUUUGCACAUUCCCAACUCAGCCAAAGUUGUCAACAUCAAGGACCCACAGCCAGGACUGUGGUCUGUCAAGACCUCAAGUAAAGGGCGACACUCAGUCCGGAUUUCAGGUCUCAGCACCAUUGAUUUCCGUGCUGGUUUUUCCAGAAAAUCCACCAUAGAUUUUAAAAUGACAUCCAGUAGGCCAGUUCAAGGUAUUCCCACUCACAUCCUUCUGAACACCACUGGACUUUCCCCUCCUGCUCGGCCUGACAGGCUGGAGCUCCUCACAAUCACUGGCGAGGUUAUCAAAACUUUGCCAAUUAGGUAUUACCCAGACCGACAGCCAUACAACCUCUGGAACAUCACAGAGUUCAUCCCACCCAACGAGGCUUUCUUCCUGAGGGUCACAGGAUAUGACAGCCAAGGUUUUGUGUUCCAGAGAGUCUCCAGUGUUUCUUUCUCCAGCAUUGUACCUGAUGCACCUAAGGUGGUAAUGCCAGCCACCACUAAUGGUUAUUACCUCCAGAGAGGAUUUAUCAGAUGCCAAGUAGAAAGUUUGUUACCCUUUACUCUGCGCUUCAACAGAGAUGGAAUGCCACUUGGAGAGGACCAGCUUUUCAGUGAAUCGGAUAGUGCAUCAUGGGAAAUUGAAAAGAUCACUCUGAAGGAUGAGGGCUACUACGAAUGCAUUGCAAUUAGCAGCGCUGGAACAGGACAAGCUCGUACCUUCCUGGAUGUCUCAGAGCCUCCUCCUGCCAUCACUGUUGAACAAAAUGUUACUGUCUCCCCUGGCACUCAUGCUGUCCUCACCUGCCACGUCGUUAGCACUGUUGGCUUCAACCUCACCUGGCUGCGAGGGGGCGACGAUGCCCGCCUGGACCCACGGGUGAACAUCCUUGCCAACCUUUCGCUCCAGGUGUCCAAAGUGACGCCGGAUGAUUCGGGCUGGUAUGAGUGCAUUGCUGGAAAUGAAGGAGGAAACACUGCAGAUCGGAUAUAUCUCAUAGUACAAGAGGUACCCAGGGUUUCAGUAGAGCCACAAAAUCAGACCUUCAUGAUGGGAGAUGAAGUAAGGAUUAGGUGUUCAGCAAGUGGCUAUCCUCCACCCCGUCUGGUUUGGACACACAACGACAUGUUCAUUAUGGCGUCCAACAGAUACAGGAUGACUCCUGAUGGCACUCUGGUUAUAAGAAACACAAAGAAGAAGGAUGGAGGGGUGUAUGGCUGCUUGGCCAGUAAUCAGGCUGGUACUGACACAAUGAACUCCAUCCUUACAUAUUUUGAAUUUCCUGUAGUAAGAGCAGCAUUAAGAGAAAUUCUCAGUAACACUGGAGAAACCACAUUAAUGUCCUGCUCAGCAUCCGGGAUCCCUCAGCCAGAGAUCUGGUGGUACAAAGGUAAUAUACAGCUCCAUUCCUCGUCUCUGUUGGAGGUGGACAAAUUAAGAGGAACACUAACCAUAAAGCAAGCCCACUUAGGGGAUGCUGGAGAAUACUCCUGUGUGGCUGUAAACGCUGCUGGCUCCUCCUCAGUGAAGAUCUAUCUGGAUGUUGGAACUCCACCUACAUUUACUCUUGAGCCAUCAAAUGCAGUAGUGGACAUUGGCUCCAACGUGACCUUGUCUUGUCAAGCGUAUGGGUAUCCUACACCGCAGAUCGCAUGGAGAAGAGAGGACGGCUCCUCUCUGGUCAACCGGCCCCACACACAUAGCACUAUUUCACAGAGAAAAGGGGACCUACACAUAAUUAAUCUAUGGGUGGAAGAUGAAGGGGAGUAUAUCUGUGAGGCCAAAAACCGCUUUGGGAGGAUCCAAACCAAGGCUAGCAUCACUGUGACAGGACUUGUUAAACCUGUCAUUGCAAUGAGUCCACCUGUUAUCAGCGUGGUCGAGGAGCAACAGCUAACUCUUCCUUGCGUGCUGCUGGCUGGAAAUCCACUGCCAGAAAGGCAAUGGCUCCACAACUAUGGCCUGGUGACCCCAGACCAGUAUGUCACAGUGAGGAGGGAUGGUAGUCUGCAUAUUGAAAGAAUUCAGCUGGAUGAUGGGGGUGACUACACCUGCUUGGCUGAGAACGUUAUUGGAGCCACCAACCAUACAACCACCGUUUACGUUCAUGUGAUCCCCACAAUUCAGCAUGGCCCUCAAGUAUUCAGCAUCAUCGAAGGAACACCUAUAACUCUGCCCUGCCGUGCCAGUGGAGUACCAAGUCCAGAUAUCACUUGGAGCAAGAGUGGGAAGUUGCUGAACUUGGGUGGUCCAGCUUUCUCUUUGGAUUUGGAUGGUAGCCUCCUCAUCACGUCUCCCUCUGGAAACCAGACUGGAGAGUUUGUCUGCACAGCUACCAAUGCAGCUGGAUAUGCAUCCAGGAAGGUGCAGCUCACAGUCUAUGUCCGACCCAAACCCGGAGUUGGUGGCACUGGAGGUUUAAGAGAGCCUGUGAGGAUGUCAGUGAUCAAGGGGGAGGAUAUUAUUUUGCCAUGUGAUGUUCACAGUGUCCCACCACCCACCUUUAGCUGGGCGAAAGAGAAACAGCUCAUCUCGCCCUUUUCCCCAAGGCAUCUUCAGCUUCCAUCUGGAUCGAUGAAGAUCCUGGAGACCAGAGCUUCAGACAGUGGACUUUAUGUUUGUGUUGCCUCAAAUAUUGCUGGUAACGUGACCUUGUCCAUCAAGCUGAGUGUUUUAGUUCCUCCCAAAAUCCAGCCAGGCCCAAGAGUGAUAAAGGUACAGGUUGGUCAUCAGGUAGAGCUGGCUUGUGUGGUGGCAGGGGUCCCAGAGCCGACUCUCAGCUGGACCAAAGAUAAUAGAAGCUAUCCUGUGUCACCGUAUGGCAGUCUAAUACUGAUGGAUAUUAAGCUUGAUGAUGAAGGAAUCUACACAUGCACAGCCAACAACACUGCAGGCCAGGACCAGGCUCGGGUUAAAGUUCAAGUUCAAGUACCCCCUGUUGUUGAGGUCCUGGAGCCCCCUUUUAACAGCCCUCUGCAGGAGAGAGUUUUGAACCAGCGCAUUGAACUCCCCUGCCCUGCCAAAGGUCUACCUAAGCCAGUGAUUCGUUGGUUACGUAACGGUCAAGAACUGAUGGGCAAUGAGCCCGGUGUGUCCAUCCUGGAUGAUGGUACUCUGCUAAUUCUUGCUGCUGUCUCACCUCUGGAUGAUGGAGAGUAUGUCUGUACUGCAGCUAAUGAUGCUGGAUCCACAGAGAAAAAGUACCAGCUGAAAGUCAAUGUACCGCCAGAUUUUCGUGAUGGGGUCAUAUCUGGUAACAUGUCAGUAAUUGUGAACAAGCCAAUCAGCUUGGUGUGUGAUGUCACAGGAAGUCCAAAACCAAUCAUCACCUGGUUUAAGGAUGGCUCUCCUGUUGUUGCCAGUAACAGCAUCCAGAUUCUUGACAUGGGAAAAACCCUGAAACUGCUGAGGGCAGAAACAGCUGACACAGGCAGCUACAGCUGUAAAGCCAUUAACAUUGCAGGCAGCAGAGAAAAGGUCUUUGUUUUAGAUGUACUUGUCCCUCCAACAGUUGUAGGAACUGCCUCUCCUUGGGAUGGUUCUGCAAUUCUCAAACAAGAACUCACUCUUGAAUGCAAAGUGCAGGGUUCACCAUUUCCCACAAUCCAGUGGUACAAAGACAGAAAGUUGGUGUUUCUUGGUGAUCCCAAUCUGGAAGUCAUCAACAGAGGUCAGGUGUUAAGGAUAAAAAGUGCUCGUCUUGGAGACCAAGGCCACUACCAGUGCAGCGUUAUGAACACAGCUGGAAAACAAUCCAAAGACUUCAACCUUAGUGUCUACGUACCUCCUGCCAUAACAGGAAGCAACUUAACUAUGGAUGUGACCGCAUUGCUGGACACAAUGGUAACACUGGAGUGUGAAGUACGUGGAGUGCCGCACCCCACCAUCACAUGGUUCCGAAGAGGAGAGGCCGUUAUGUCCAGCCGACAUGCUCAGUAUGUAGAUAGAGGUCUUCGCCUGAAGAUCCCACACGUGCAGGCAUCUGACGCUGGUCAGUACACCUGCAAGGUUAACAAUGUGGCCGGGAGUGCUGAGAAGAGCUUUGAGCUGGACGUCUACAUGCCUCCCACCAUUACAGGUGAGGAAGAUGGAGCCACUGAGAGGAAAGUGGUCCUCAGUAAACAUCUGAUCCUGGAGUGUAAGGCAGCGGGUCAUCCUCCGCCCUCCCUCACCUGGCUGAAAGAUGGCAUCCCCGUGCGUCAUGGAGAAAGUGUCCAUCUUCUAGAGCAGGGAAGGAAACUAGAAAUCUUCUCAGCCACCAUCUCAGACUCCGGACACUACAUCUGUGUUGCUACGAGCAUUGCUGGAGAGAAGGAGGUCAAAUAUGAUGUCAAAGUUUUAGUUCCUCCUUUCAUUGAUGGAGCUGACGCAGUGACAGACAGCACAGUGCUAAUCAACACUCCUUUGGAGAUGGAGUGUCAUGCCACUGGGACACCUGCACCUGUCAUCACGUGGUACAAAGAUGGAAAACGAAUCAGUUCUGGAGAAGGGUUGCGGAUCUCAGCAAGUGGGCGACGACUGAUCAUUUCCCGCGCUCAGAUCUCUGACACAGCUCGUUUUCAGUGUCUGGCCACUAAUGAGGCUGGAGACCAUGAGAGGAACUUCAAUGUGACAGUCCAAGUCCCUCCAUCUGUCCAUACAACUGGGCCUGCUGAUCACUCAGUGACUCUUCACAAACCAAUCAGUUUGGAGUGCAUCUCCAAUGGCAUUCCUCCACCUAGCAUUACCUGGCUUAAAGAUGGCCGACCUGUGGUCACCACAAAGGAGCACCUCAAGCUGCACUCAGCAGGCAGGACACUAACAAUCACAGAAGCAAGACUGGAGGAUUCUGGGAGAUACACAUGCCUCGCCACAAAUGCAGCAGGAGAAGCUCAACAGCAUAUUCGGCUUAGUGUCCAUGAGCCUCCCAUUAUCCCUCUGUCUGGAGACAUCAUCAACCAGACUGUUCUGUCAGGCUUUUCUACUGAGCUGGAGUGCAAGGCCUCAGGAAGUCCUUUACCUGCUGUGACAUGGUAUAAAGGUGGCCGACCUCUUACUGGUGCAGCUGGUGUCCUGAUCCGGAAGCGUGGCCAGGUGCUGGAGAUUGAACAGGCUCAGCUGUCCGAUGCCGGAAUGUACAGAUGUGUGGCUGUUAACCUAGCUGGAACUGCAGAGAAAGUCUACAGUCUGCAAGUGUUUGUCCCUCCAGGAAUCUCCAGUAGCGGUGGUACGGUUGCAGCUGUGGUGAAUGAAGCUGUCAAGCUGGAGUGUGAAGCCUCUGGGGUUCCUGUGCCCAGUCUGACGUGGUUAAAAGAUGGAAGCCCUGUGGCAAGUGUAUCACAUGGCAUACAGUUGGCAUCCGCAGGCAGAGUCCUGUCUCUCAGCAGUGCACAGGUUAGUGAUACUGGUAGAUACACCUGUGUGGCUGUGAACGCUGGAGGAGAACAACAACAGGAGUACGAUCUGAGGGUGUAUGUUCCACCAAACAUCAAGGGUGAGGAAAUGAAUGCAACAGUGAUGCUUGGUGGUCCAGUGGAGCUGCACUGCCGCAGCAACGCAGUCCCUCCACCAACUCUCUCAUGGCGAAAAGAUGGCCACCCUCUUUUCAGGAAACCUGGUGUGGUUGUCUCUGCAGAUGGCAGUUUACUUAAGGUUGAUAGUGCUCAGCUGCAGGACUCAGGAAGGUACACUUGUGAAGCCACCAAUGUUGCUGGAAAAACUGAGAAGAACUAUAACUUGAUUGUCUGGGUUGCUCCCAGUAUCCGUGGCUCUGAGGAGGUAUUUCCCAUGACUGUGAUUAAAGGUAGUUUUAUUACUUUCUUGUGCGAGUCCAGUGGCAUACCACCUCCCAACCUUACGUGGAUGAAGGAUGGUAAUGCCCUACAGCCAGACCAGCGACUGAGGGUUUUGUCUGGAGGGCAUCAGCUGCAGAUCUCCAGUGCUGAGAAAACAGACACCGGCUCCUAUAGCUGCACAGCCUCCAGUGCUGCUGGCACCACCUCAAAGGAGUACAGCUUGCAGGUUUAUGUUCGCCCUUCCAUCAGAGACAGUGAAGACGACACUAAUGACGUUACAGUGACAAAUGGAGGUGAUGUGACGUUACACUGUGCUGCAGAGGGCAUCCCACGGCCUGCAGUCACCUGGCUGAAAGAUGGACGGCCCAUUGAGGACCAGCAUGGUGCAAAGAUCCUAAACGAGGGCCGACUGUUGCAGAUUAAAGACGCUAAGGUGUCAGACACGGGACGUUACACCUGCAUUGCUGUUAAUGCAGCAGGACAGGCUGACAGCAAGCAUGACGUCAGUGUGCAUGUUCCACCUAUUAUAACUGGUCAGGUGCAGUUUCCAGAAAAUGUUAGUGUUGUUUUGAAGAACCCAGCUUCUCUUAGCUGUGAGGUUUCUGGUAUCCCUCUACCUUCUAUCUCCUGGCUGAAGGAUGGUCAACCAGUCAAGACAACUAGUUUGGUGCGAAUACUCUCAGGGGGACGUAGUCUCCGUCUGUUGCACACAGCAGUAGAGGAUGCUGGGAGAUAUACUUGUGUUGUUGCUAACAGUGCUGGAGAACAGCGAAAGAACUUCGACCUUGACAUUCUAGUUCCACCAAGCAUUGUUAAGGAGGGAACAGUUGUGGAUGCUAAAGUAAAAGAGACCCAAAACAUCACUCUCACCUGUGAAGCAUCAGGUAACCCUUCACCAGAAAUUAAAUGGCUGAAGGAUGGACAGCUGUUAGUGCCUGACAGACGCCAACAGAUUGUGUCGUACGGCCGUUUCCUCCAGAUCUUUGAGGUCCAUGUUGCAGACACUGGAAGAUACAGUUGUGUGGCAUCAAACAGUGCAGGAGAACGCAGACGGCAUUUCAACCUCAAUGUUCUGGUUUCUCCCACCAUCACUGGUUCAGGUCCUGACAUUUCUGCAGAGGAGAUCACAGUGACCCUGAGCAGCCCCACCUCACUGGUUUGUGAGGUCCAGUCCUACCCCCCUGCUUUGAUCACCUGGCUCAAAGAUGGCACUCUAUUUGAAUCCACUCGCAAUGUUCGAGUUCUUCCAGGUGGGCGAACAUUGCAGAUUCUUAAUGCUAAGAAGGAGGAUGCUGGCAGGUACACUUGUGUGGCUACAAAUGAGGCGGGAGAGGCACUGAAGCACUAUGAGGUCAAAGUUUAUGUUCCUCCGCAGAUUAAUAAGAAUGAUAUCCCUGGGGAGGGACUUGCCCCUAAAGAAGUAAAGAUCAGAAUUAACAGCACACUGACCCUGGAAUGUGUCGCUCAGGCCUUUCCUACUCCAACACUGCAGUGGUAUAAAGAUGGACAGGUCCUGGUGGGAGACGACCAUGUAUCUGUUAUAGCCAACGGUCGCAUUGUUCAGAUCAAACACGCCCAGGUGUCAGACACUGGCCGCUAUACCUGUGUUGCCACUAAUAUAGCCGGAGAGGACGAGAAGGACUUUGAUGUAAAUAUACAAGUUCCACCACAUUUCAACCGACCUGGUGGAGUCGUAGACACUUCAUCAGUCACAGGCUUUGGAGGGGAUCCUCGCGAUGUGAUACUUAACAAUCCAAUCUCUUUGUACUGUGAGACAAAUGCCGUACCCCCUCCAACCCUUACCUGGUACAGAGAUGGGAAACUGCUUACCUCUAAUGAAAAAGUUUUGAUCCUACCUGGUGGGAGAGUGUUACAGAUUCCCAGGGCACAACUUGAAGACUCUGGCAGGUACACCUGUGUGGCCAUCAACGAAGCAGGAGAAGACUCCAUCCAGUAUAACGUUAGAGUGCUAGUACCUCCAAGAAUAAAAGGUUCAGACAGUGAUGUGCCUGAUGAAGUCAUAGUCCUGGUCAACAAAACUGCACAACUGGACUGUCAUGUGGAUGGAAAUCCCGCUCCCAAGAUCACGUGGUAUAAAGAUGGUCAGCUGAUGAACACAGACGGACCGCACAGUAUUUUGUCCAAUGGAAGAGCACUUCAGGUGUUGAAUGCUCAGGUUUCUGAAACAGGACAGUAUGUGUGCGUGGCUGAAAAUGCAGCUGGUAGUGCAGAAAAACACUUUAACCUGAAUGUUCAUGUGCCUCCCACAGUUGUUGGUGUGAGUCCAGAGAACGUGACAGUGGUGGUGAACAACUUGGUGUCCCUCACCUGUGAAGCCAGUGGGAUCCCUCCUCCCAUGUUGAGCUGGCUAAAUGACAGGGGACCCAUUAAGGCUAAAAGUAAUGUCCUCAUCAUGCCAGGGGGCCGCACUUUACAGAUCCUUAAAGUGAAAGUAUCUGAUGGAGGAAAGUACAGCUGUGUGGCUAUAAAUGCAGCAGGACAAGCUUACAAGCACAUCUAUCUCACUGUUUAUGUUCCUCCAAGUAUCCGGGGCAAUAGUGGAGACGUUCCCGUGGAAGUUAAUGUUCUUGUUGGAAAAUCUGUAACCUUGGAGUGUGAAUCCAACGCCGUCCCUCCUCCCAUUAUCACCUGGUACAAGAAUGGCAGAGUGGUGACAGAAACAACAAACCUACAUUUUCUGCCGGGGAGACAAAUUCUGAAGAUCAAGCGCUCUGAGGCGUCUGAUACAGGCCAGUAUGUUUGCAUGGCCUCAAAUGUUGCUGGACAAGUGAACAAGAACUUCCACUUGAAUAUCCAUGUUCCCCCCAGUAUCGAUGGCCCAGCAGAGGAGAGUGUUGUGGAAACUAUCAGCAACCCAGUUGCUUUCACAUGUGAUGCUACUGGAAUCCCUCCACCCAGUCUCAAAUGGCUGAAAAAUGGACACACUAUAGAGAACUCUGAAUCUCUGGAGAUGAACAUCGUCUCAGGAGGCAGCAAACUACAAAUAGCACGGCUGCAGCUUUCUGACAGUGGAACCUACACAUGUGUGGCCUCUAACAUUGAAGGCAAAGCACACAAGAGCUACCACCUCACCAUACAAGUUCCACCCAGUAUCUCUGGAUCAGAAAUGCCCAGUGAGAUAGGAGUCCUUGUAAAUAAAAGUAUCAAGCUGGUCUGUGAAGCUCAAGGAACCCCGACUCCAACAAUCCAGUGGUUAAAAGAUGGAGACUCCAUCAACAGAACAGAAGCCAGCAGUCUCAGGGUCAGUUCGGAUGGCAAUACUCUAACCGUGACCCAAGCAGACCCUGCUGUCAGUGGGAAAUACACUUGUGUGGCCUCCAAUGCUGCCGGGGAAGAGAACAGAAUAUUUAAUUUGCAUGUAUAUGUGCCUCCAGCAAUUCUCGGCAGCAGUGAGCCUGUUGAGGAUCUGACCACAGUUCUGGACAGUUCUGUCAGCAUUGAAUGUGUUGCUAAUGGGUCUCCUCGACCACAACUGAACUGGCUGAGAAAUGGGCUGCCUCUUCCAGUCUCCUCCAACAUACAGCUCCUCUCUGCUGGACAAGUGCUCCGGAUUACCCGAAUCCAAGUGUCUGAUGGUGGAACCUAUACAUGUGUGGCAUCUAAUAGAGCAGGGGUGGACAACAGACAGUAUACCCUGCAGGUUCAUGUUCCUCCUGGUGUUGAAGGAGCAGGAACCACAGAAGACGUGACUAUAAUCAAAGGAACUUUGGCCUCGUUGCUCUGUAUUGCUGAUGGAAGCCCAACUCCUACCAUUUCCUGGCUCAGAGAUGGAGCGACUCUAAUGGUUGACCACAGGGUCAGCCUCCUCAGCCUGAACACCACCUUACAUCUCAACCAGGCCCAGGUUAAUGACACAGGACUUUACAGCUGCGUGGCUAAUAACAACGCUGGUCAAGCAAGCCGUCACUUCAACCUGAAGGUUCUGGACCCUCCCCGCAUCAGGAGCUCUGAUCAAUCAGCAAAAGUUUCUGUAGUGGUUAAUAAUGUCCUGGAGCUACUCUGUGAGGCCACAGGUAUCCCGACACCCACUCUGACCUGGCUGAAAGACGAACGCCCACUCCCACAGACAGAGAGCCUGCGUCUCCUCCGUGGAGGAGAGGUUCUCCAUUUUACCUCAGCACAGCUGGAUGACACAGGCAGAUACAGCUGCUUGGCCAAUAGUGCAGCAGGAGAUGAUGACAAGGACUUCCUGGUUCAAGUGCACGUUCCCCCUAACAUUUCUGGAGAAAGUACACCUCGGCAUCUGUCAGUGCUGCAGAAUGGUCAGAUAACUCUGGAGUGCAGGUCUAAUGCUGUUCCACCUCCAACUUUGACUUGGCUCAAAGAUGGCACACCACUGCAGACCUCAACAAGACUUCGUAUUCUGUCCAGUGGACGCUAUUUACAGAUCAACAUAGCAGAGCUCUCAGACAGAGCUCAGUACACCUGUGUGGCGAGUAACAUUGCUGGCAAGACAACUCGACUGUUUAACCUGACUGUCCACGUGCCUCCAGCUAUUAAGGACGGCUCUCAGAUGGUGUCGACACACAUCAACAAGCCAGCGGCUCUUGAAUGUGUAGUUAGUGGGGUGCCACCGCCUCGAGUCACCUGGAGGAAAAAUGGAGCAAUAUUAGCAGAAAAUAACCCCAGGUAUACAUUUGCAGAGGAUGGAUCUUUGCACAUCCACUCAGCUCAGGUGACGGACACUGGUCGCUACUUGUGCAUGGCAGCAAAUCAGGCUGGUACUCAGCGCAAGAGAGUGGAUCUUCAAGUUUAUGUGCCUCCUUCUAUCGCAAACAGUGGCACCAAUGUGACGGUUAUUGUCAACAUGCAGACCACCCUACCCUGUGAGGCCACCGGCAUUCCUAAACCCACCAUUAGCUGGCAGAAGAAUGGUCGAACCAUCAGUACUGAGCAGAAUCAGAAUAUCUACAGAUUGCUAUCAUCAGGCUCCUUGGUGAUUAUAGCUCCUGUAGUGGAGGACACUGCAGAGUACAAAUGUGUGGUCUCUAAUGAAGCAGGAGAAGAAUCCAGAUCCAUCACUCUUUCUGUCAUUGUUCCUCCAUCUAUUGCAGACGAACCAACAGAUCUAAUUGUGACAAGAUUGUCCCCGGUGGUUAUUGCUUGUACUGCAGCUGGUGUGCCUGACCCUUCAAUCCACUGGAGCAAAGACGGCAUGAAACUACUCAAUACGGGGGAAGGAUACAGCAUUUUGCCAACAGGUCAAGUACAAAUCCCUUCUGCUCAGCUCACUCAUGCCGGACGCUACAUCUGUACGGCCAAAAAUAUCGCAGGCUCCACCCAGCGACAUGUGCAGCUUACAGUGCAGGAACUCCCAGUGAUCCAGUCCCAACCCUCCACACUGGAUGUGAUCUACAACAGCCCUGUUACUUUGCCCUGCAGAGCCACAGGCUCACCCAGACCGACCAUUACCUGGCAGAAGGAGGGUAUCAACUUACCUGCUGCUGGUGGAGAUUACACAGUACUUCCUGAUGGAAGUCUCCAGAUCUCCAAGGCGUCUCUGUCAGAUUCUGGGACCUUCAUUUGUGUAGCUCAAAACCCUGCAGGCACCGCAGUGGGCAAGACCAAACUCAGAAUGCAAGUUGCUCCAGUGAUCCGUUCAGAGACUCAGGAGUACCUUGCACUUUUGGACUCCCCUGUGACUCUUCAGUGCCAAGCUGAGGGCUCCCCUCCACCCUCCAUCACAUGGCAUAAAGACAGGCAGCUGCUGAGUGACUCCGUACGCCAGCGGUUGCUCAGCUCAGGAUUGUUGCAGAUUGCCUUCGUUCAGAAGAGUGAUGCUGGACAGUACACUUGCACCGCUGCCAAUCCGGCCGGAACUGACAGCUUGGAUAUGAGGCUAACUGUACAGAUUCCUCCCUCCAUCCGUGGUGGAGAGCAGGAGGUUGUUGUUGUGGAAAAAAGUCAGGCUCAGCUGAUAUGUGUGGCAGAGGGCAUCCCACAACCCAAACUGUCCUGGGAAAAAGAUGGGAAUCCUCUCAGCAAAAACCAAGGGGAGUACACCAUUCUGCCUUCUGGGAAGCUGGUUAUUGACAGCGCUCAGCCUGAAGAUGCCGGCAGUUAUUCUUGUGUCGCAACCAAUUCAGUCGGGGAGGACACCUGGACGGUGACGCUGUCGGUUCAUACUCACCCCUCCUUCACCAAGCAGCUCGCAGAUGUUGCUCUCAACAAAGGAGAGCGUCUUGUGCUGACCUGUGGCGUCAGUGGAAUCCCAUCACCAACUAUUAAAUGGACUAUAAACAACAAAAUAAUCCCAGCUGUAGUACACUAUGGUUAUAUGAAUGACCACAGUGAGCUUGUGAUAGAAAGAGUGAGCAAAGAGGACUCUGGUACCUACACCUGUGUGGCUGAAAACAGAGUGGGAACUAUUAAGUCCCUGGGAUUCGUUUAUGUUAAAGAGCCUCCAAUAAUCAAUGGGGACCUUCACUCCAACCGAAUUGAACCUCUCGGUGGUAAUGCCAUCCUGAACUGUGAGGUUCGAGGAGAUCCAUUGCCAACCAUCCAGUGGAGCAAAAAUGGCAUAAACAUCCAGAUCAACGACCGAAUCCGUCAGCUAGAUAAUGGUUCUCUGGCCAUCUAUGGCACAGUGAGUGAAGACGCAGGCAGCUACAUGUGUGUUGCAACAAAUGAUGCUGGGGUUGUGGAAAGAAGUGUUAUCCUGACACUGCAGAGCGCGCCAAUUAUAACUUUAGAGCCAGUCGGAACUGUUGUGGAUGCAGGAACGACAGUUAUUCUUAAUUGUCAGGCAGAGGGUGAGCCUCCUCCCAUGAUAGACUGGUCCCAACAUGCACGCCCCCUGCGGGCAUACAACCGCUUCUCCACCUUGUCCAAUGGCUCCCUCCGGAUCACCAGUGCCCAAAAAGAGGACACAUCUGAAUAUGAAUGUGUGGCCAGGAAUUUACUUGGAUCAGUGCUGGUCAGUGUCGCUCUCACUGUACGAGUCCAUGGAGGAUAUUCUGAGUGGACAGAGUGGGACCUCUGCAGUGUAUCUUGUGGCGCCGGUAACCAGAAGAGAGUCAGGCAGUGUAACAAACCUUUACCUGCUAACGGAGGCCACCACUGUGCAGGAUCAGACACAGAAACACGCAGCUGUCAAGGAAAGCCAUGUCCAGUGGAUGGUAACUGGUCACAGUGGUCUUCCUGGGAGGAGUGUUCACAAACCUGUGGACAGGGCAACAAAACAAGGGUCCGGAGCUGCAGUAACCCAACCGCCCAGCAUGGGGGCAGGCCAUGUGUGGGGAAGGCAGUGGAAGCUAUCAUGUGCAGUGUGAGACCAUGUCCCGUAGCAGGCAACUGGGGUUCUUGGCUAUCAUGGAGCCCAUGCAGUGAGACCUGUGGAAAGGGCAUACAAUCCAGGAUCCGACUGUGCAACAACCCCCCUCCAGCCUUCGAUGGCCCGCAGUGUGAGGGCACAGACACCCAGUCACAGGUGUGCAACGAGAUACCUUGUCCUGUGCAUGGGAAGUGGUCAUCGUGGAUGAGUUGGGGGCCCUGCAGUGUAUCUUGUGGUGGUGGGAGCAUACAGCGCACACGCCUCUGUGCAAGCCCUGCCCCUCAGCAUGGCGGCAGAAAGUGUGAGGGGAAUGAUGUGCACACUGAUUUCUGUAAUGGCGACCCCUGUCCCAUCAGUGGUAAUUGGGGACAGUGGAGUAGCUGGGGUAGCUGCAGCAAGACAUGCAGUGGAGGUCAGAUGAGGCGCUACAGGACUUGUGACAACCCCAGACCUGCUCAUGGUGGGAGAGCAUGUGCAGGAGCGGAUUCACAGAUGCAGAAAUGUAGCACUGCUGACUGCCCUGUGGAUGGUAACUGGGGCUUAUGGCAGCCUUGGGGUGGAUGCUCCGCUUCCUGUGGAGGAGGAGAAAGGACACGUGUCCGACUUUGUAAUAGCCCGUCUCCCAGUAAUGGUGGCCGACCUUGUCCAGGGGACCCCACUCAGCUAUCCAGGUGCAGCAAUCAGGCAUGCCCAGAUGGGCCUCAGAAAACUCGAGGAAGCAUCAUAGGAAAUAUCAAUCACAUUGAGUUUGGCAUUGCCCUCCUAAAUGCCACAAUCUCUGACAGCAACUCUGGCAGCAAAAUCAUCAAAGCCACCAUUUCAAAUGUACCAAGAACCUUAGGUCCUGCGAUGAGGAAACUCAUCUCCAUACUGAAUCCCAUCUACUGGACCACUGCACAGGAAAUAGGUGAGGCUGUUAACGGUUACACCCUGACAGGCGGUAUCUUCAGGCGAGAGACGCAGGUGGAGUUUGCUACAGGUGAAAUCCUGAGGAUGACCCACGUUGCUCGAGGCCUGGACUCUGAUGGAGCUUUGCUUCUGGACAUUGUAAUUAACGGCCAUAUGCUGCAGCUGCCUACACAUUCUGACAUUAACAUCAAGGACUACACAGAGGAAUACAUUCAGACCGGUCCAGGUCAGCUGUACGCUCUAUCCACCCGCAUGUUCAUCAUCGACAAGGAAAGUUUGCCUUACUCCUGGAACCAUACCAUCUCCUAUGAUCUGACAAAAGGAAAGAUGCCCUUCCUGGUAGAAAUGCUCCAUGCCACUGCCAUCAGUGCUCUCUACCACCCCCUGGAGGAAGUGUUGGAAUACAGCAUCCAAGCCAGUAUCACCAAAGGUGAUCGCAGUAACCAGUGUCCUCAUGGCUUCACUUUGGUGUCUGCUGGGCCUUACUGUGCAGAUGAAAAUGAAUGUGAGAUUGGGAACCCUUGUUCUCAUACUUGCCACAACACCAUGGGAACCUACUACUGCUCCUGUCCACAUGGCCUCACCAUCUCAGCUGAUGGCAAAACCUGCCAAGACAUUGAUGAGUGCUCCAUGGGUGGAAACAUGUGCCAUGGUGGACAAAACUGUGAAAACACCAUUGGUUCUUAUAGAUGCGUGAUGCGCUGUGGCCGUGGCUUCAGGAGAACGACUGAUGGGCUCAGCUGCACUGAUGUGGACGAGUGUUUGGAGUCUCAUCCAUGUCAUCAGCAGUGUAUGAAUACCAUUGGAAGUUAUCGUUGUGCCUGUGAACCAGGCUUUCAGCUCAGGAACAGAAGGUGCAUAGACAUAAACGAGUGCAGGCAGAGGGUUUGCCGUUUAGAUCAACAGUGUAAAAACACACGAGGUGGUUACACCUGCAUUGACCUUUGUGCGAAUGGCAUGACCAAAAGUGGAAACGGCACAUGUGUGGACAUAGACGAGUGCAGAGACGGCACUCAUCAAUGCAGAUUCAACCAGAUCUGUGAGAACACCAGAGGCAGCUACCACUGUACGUGUCCACGUGGUUUCAGAUCUCAGGGAGUAGGACGUCCAUGUGUCGACAUAAAUGAGUGUGAGCGGCUCCCUCAGCCCUGUGCCCAUCAGUGCAUCAACACUCCUGGUAGCUUCAAGUGCAUCUGCCCACCAGGACGCCACCUGCUGGGAGAUGGCAAGUCCUGCGCUGGGCUGGAGCGUCUCCCCAGCUACGAAAGUUACUCAUACGGCUACCGCACGUCUCAUUCCUCUCCUGAACAAACGCCCAACCAGCGGCUGUACCACCGCUUUGCUUCUCACAGCUACAACUCCUUCACCGCCACCACAAGCAGGCACUACAUGAACCGUAACCGGAGAGAGGCUCAUAAACCCCCCUCAAGGCAGGAUAUCCCUGCUUGUAAGGAAGGUUUUGAGUCCAGGGGUGGCCACUGCUUAGAUAUUGAUGAGUGUGAAGUGAGGCACACCUGCCAGCAUGAAUGUGUGAAUACACCAGGGAGCCAUCGGUGUCUCUGUCCCACUGGUUACCACCUGAUGGCUAAUGGAAAGGCAUGUCAAGAUAUAGAUGAGUGCCUGGAGCAGAACAUCCAGUGUGGAGCGAAUCGGAUGUGCUUCAACACGAGAGGAAGUUACCAGUGCAUCGACACACCCUGUCCUCCAAACUACCAGAGGGAUCCAGCCACAGGGUUCUGCUUGAAGAACUGCCCACCAAACGACUUGGAGUGUGCACUGAGUCCAUACGCGCUGGAGUACAAGCUGCUGUCUCUUCCCUUUGGCAUUGCUGCCAACCAGGAUCUCAUCAGGUUGGUGGCCUACACACAGGAUGGCGUGAUGCACCCCAGAACCACCUUCCAGGUGGUGGACGAGGACAUCACGUUACCUUUCGCCCUGCGAGACGAGAACAUGAAGGGUGUUUUGUUCACCACGCGGCCACUACGAGAGCCCCACACGUACCGCAUGAAGGUACGAGCACUCUCUUACAGCGAGGACGGCGCCAUUGAGUACCAGACGACCUUCAUCGUAUACAUCGCUGUCUCUGCCUACCCUUACUGAGAGCACUUUAAAUGACAUGAGAUGAAGGUGUGCGGUUGAACUGCGUCUUUAGCUUGCAGAACAACAGUGUGGUGAGAGUGAUAUGGUGAUGUGGGUUUUGGACUUGUGGCCACAUCAGAAUGUAGACUGGAAGAAAGACUGAUGUGUGUGUGUGAGGACAGUGAGUGCAUACAGUCCUGAUCUAUGGAUGUAAAAUUAAAGGGAAUAUGAGACUGUUUGAGGAAACAGGGAUAAAACUAAUCCUUUAUUUUCUCUAAUCCUAUAGUUUUUUUUAUUUUGUCUUGACAUUUUCUCAUCUCAUUUAAAUGUAUUUAUAAAAUCAGUUUCCUUAUAGUCAGUGUGUAAUUCCAUCUACAUAUUAUUAAUCGACCGGAAAGUCCUUGAACACCUAUUCAACUGAACUUCAGUCUCUACAGUGGAGAUUCAUGGUGCUCAUAUUGGAAAUUAGAGAUUUCCAGAGCUUUCUUCUGUUUUAUGGCCAUCAUGGAAACUGCUCCAUCAGCAGUUAAUUAGACAUAAUUUUUGUUUCCAGGAAUUUUUACCAGGAUGUAUUUUAUUUUAACCUGUACAUAAUGUUUUAACUCAAAUUGCGAUGCAGUACCUCCUACUAAUUUUAUUAGUUUUUGUGAUAAAAUGUAAUAAACUACACUGAAAAAUUAAAAUAUUUUUCUGUAGCAGAAAUCACCCUAGCAGUACAAACUGUUAAAUGUGGAUGUAUCCAUUUAAUAUUUUGAAUAUGAAAUUGAACUGUUUUGUAAUCUUUUUAAACAUGAUUUGUAAAAGUGGGAGCUCUUCGCCACUCGGACAUUGAAUUAUAAUGGAACUUCCAGUUGUUUAGAAAACGUAUCAGCUUUUUUGUAUUCAAUAAUAGACAUUAUUGGAAAAUAAAAACAAUACGGGUUUUAAUUUAUAAGUCAUGUGAGAGUAAAAUGCUUAUUGGACAUUUUUUGCAUGUGAAAACAUCACUGUAUCAUCUGCAUAAAUAUUGACAUUGGAAUUUGCACAGAUAUCUGGUAAACCAUUAUGACAAAUUUACAUAACCACUAGUUGGACUGUGGGACUUCUACAAACCAGCCAAAGUGUGAGAAUUAAUCCAGCCAACAUGAACUAUUCCUUUCUGGUCCCGCAACUUUUUAACAUAAUUUUGAAAGAUAAAAUUGAGUUAAUCAUAAAGAUUCUAAGCAUGCAAUAGAAUACAAUAAAACAGCCACUUGGUUAGAAAACACCUUACAUGGAGUUAUGUUCUUCAAUAAACAAGACUGGUCUAAGAAUGGAGCCUUGUGGGACCCUCUAUGGGGCAGUCAAGUUAGGAGUUAAAUCCACCAACACAAAUGCGUUGCUUUUUGUUUUGCCAACUUUCUUACAUGGUUUUUGAAAGAUUAAGUGGAGCGUGGAACACCACUGAAAUACUGAAACUGCUGUAAAUGUCAGGCUAAGUUCAUUUAAGUUUUUACUGUACUAUCAAUUCACAACCAAAGCCAUCUCAGUGGCUUCUUCGAAGAGACAUUGAAUGAAAUAUAACUUCUGGUUUAGAAUACUUCGUUUUCGUAUUCAGUAAAAUAUUUAAAAACUCAAUCCUGUACUUGAUUAAGAGGCAAACAUGACGAUUGUAGCAUGUUUUUCUUUCUUACCAACAACCAUCAACAACAGUGGGUUUAUUGUUUAAACCAAAAUAAAAACAAGACAGAAAUAUGA